UAUAAAAGCAAUAAAAUGAAGCUGAGGUUGCUCUCUUGCGCCUAGUUGCCGACUGCCUUUGUACAAAACAGAAUCGGGAAAAAAGAGAAGUCUCAACGCCGCCGCCGCCAUGGGUCGUAUGCACAGUCGCGGUAAGGGUAUUUCUGCCUCAGCUCUGCCUUAUAAGAGAACCCCACCAAGCUGGCUCAAGAUCUCUUCUCAAGAUGUUGAGGAAAACAUUUGCAAGUUCGCAAAGAAGGGCUUGACCCCAUCUCAGAUUGGUGUCAUUCUUCGUGAUUCUCAUGGUAUUGCUCAGGUUAAGAGCGUUACUGGAAGCAAGAUCUUGCGUAUCCUUAAGGCCCACGGUCUUGCCCCUGAAAUUCCUGAGGAUUUGUAUCACCUCAUCAAGAAGGCCGUUGCCAUCCGCAAGCAUCUGGAGAGAAACAGGAAGGACAAGGAUUCCAAGUUCAGGUUGAUCCUUGUUGAGAGUAGGAUUCACAGGCUCGCCCGCUACUACAAGAAAACAAAGAAGCUUCCUCCUGUCUGGAAAUAUGAAUCUACAACCGCCAGCACUCUUGUUGCUUAAGCGGCAUUUGGGCUUGUGCAAUUUCUAGCUCAUCUGUGUCGGGUGUGGAUGCUUCAAUGGAGAUUCGAUUAUGCUUUCAUGUUCUAGUGGAGAUAUAAGACUUCUAUUUAUAGCUGUUAAAAUUUUUAUUUUGUUUGAAAGGAGAGUUGGGAACUUGUUAGCCUUUUGAUCCUAUUUGCUUUCGUUUUUGUCCAUUGUUGCGUUAUGUGUCAUUUGAAACGAGAAAUCAUUUCAAGUUUUGAAACCUAAA